AUGUUUGGUCUGCAUAGCCGCGUCAAACCGUCCUUUGGCGGUAAGAUCUUGGAUGUAAAGUUUGAUCCAACUGGAAAUACGGACAAUGUUCUAAUUGCGUCUUACAAGUCCAGAUAUCCUGUUGUACUCUAUGAUUCAAAGAAACACACAAAGAAACACUUGAUGGUCAGCGAUCACAAGGAGACAUGCAACGAACUCCACUUCACCUACGACGGAAGGCAUAUGGUAUCAGGUUUGGCAAACGGAUCUGUCAAUGUCUGGUCUACACACAGCGCAAAAAAAGUGUUUGGGUACCACAAGGAAAAAGAUACCGUUAGUCGUGUAUGUGUCCAUCCUGCCCAACCAUUCUUCGCUACAGCCUACAAGGGAAAGUCCAUUGUAAUAGGAAACUAUUCAGCAGCGGAUGGCUCCAAUGGCUCAGGCACCAAGGACCUAUAUAACGAACUUCAAGCAAAUGAGUGGCCAGCACCUGUCAACGAGCUCACAUUUGGACAUGGAUGGUAUGGCAAUUAUUUGUUGGCGAGCCUUGGAAACGAUGAUCCAGAUGACAUGGGCAACAGAGUCGAUACUUAUGGUUUAUUGUUUGAUAUCAAUUGUCCAGAAUAUACUAGGAAGCUCAAUAAUCAACAAGGAAUGACAUUCUCUGUGGCCUGGAACCCAAGGCAGACCGCUUACUUUGCUGUUGGCUCUGGUGACCACAACAACAAUGUGUGCAUUUACAACAUGACCGACAAUAUCAUUGUUGGAAAUCUUGUCACUGGACACGACGAUAUCAACCAAAUGUCAUGGAGUCCCGAUGGAGUAGAACUGGUGGUAGCUGGCAACAACAAUUCUGCCCAUGUUUUUGACAUGCGAUUCACCACAGCACCCCUUCAUGUGCUCAAGCACAAUGCCAAGAACAAGAGCAGACUGGUCACUGGAGCGUCAUGGUCCAGAGACGGCCCUUUUUUGGUCACAUGUGGAGAGGACUGCCACGUGAACAUUUGGGACACCAGUUGUGGUGAUCCACUGAUACAGAGGCUAGGAGAGCACAAACACACUACAAACUUUGUCGAUGUGUCUGCGCGUUCCGACAUGGUUGUCAGUGGAAGUGAUGAUGGGUUUAUUGCAAUUUAUGCAGCAGAGAAGGGUGUCUACCUUGAGGAUGAACAACACCAAUAG